UAUAUUGGUUAUUUACUGUGUAAAUACAGUAUAAAUACUGGAGCUUGAGCUCCAGGUGUCAGAUCUCUUCUGAGAAUUCUCAUCGGUGUGGAUCUCGUGUGGUGGAAUGGAACCAAUAAAUCCGGACCCUUGCUUCUUCUCACUCACGGCUGGUGUCUUUUUUUCUAUCUCCAACUGGGUUCACAGAUGUGAGUAUUUGUUUCUAUGUUGAAUUUUAAGUGUCUUUGGGUAAUAGGCUAAAUUUGGGCCAGCAUUUGGCACCCCAGAUGGGACUGGGUUAAGAUCUAUAUGUCUGUAAUCUCUCCCGUGGGACUUCAUUCCGUGUAGGAAGAAGGCAUUGCAGAUGCCUGUUAUUUCAAAGCUCUGUCUUAGUGGUCUGUUGUUACGAUUGGGAAGCCACCGGGGUGGGAAGAAAGACUAAAGUUGGUCUCCAAAAGAACCUUGAGUGAGUGAGAAGAGGUAAGAGAAGUGUGAACCGAUUGUAAUUGUGUAAGGGCUAUGAAUAAGGUUCAUAAGACUGUUUAAUGAAAUUGUAUGUGUUCUGUGAGUGAAAGUCCUGCAAUACCACUGGUUAAAAAUUCCAGGGCUGGAUAGGAAGCAGGUGGAUAUGAGGCCUCAAACCCCAGAUACCGGCUACUAGAGGUGGCGGCUGCAUUGGUGGGGGACCCCUAAUACCGCUGGAUUGAGUCCAGGUCUGGAUAGAGAGGGGUAUAAAUCCUGGGCCCAGGUCCGGGUCACGCAACUUAGGGAACGGACCCAGCGUGCCCGGUGUAUGAAUGUGUAAUAACAAAUGUGUGUGCUUAUAAUAUGAGUGUGGUGUGAGAGCGUGCAUGCAUGUGCGAUAAGCUCUGAAACUUAGUGUUGGAGACAGGGAAAAAUGUAUUCAUUAGUGCUCUGAACAUGAGCUCCAUACAUAAGGAGAUAAGUGUGUUGGAUAAGCUUUGAAAAUUAGUUUUGGAGAAAGUUGCAUUUAAUUUAUAUGACUGUAAGCUUCAUACAUACGGAGCUGGUGUGAAGGUGCUUUAUACUCUGAGACCACACUUGUGUGUAUGUAAUAAAAUAAAUAUGUGUAAUAGUGUGUGAAUAUAAUAUGGUGUAUGUGAGCUUGCAGGCAUUGUUGAUAAAAAGGAGUGUGUGUGUGUGUUCCUAUCUGUUCUUAUCUGCGCAGGCAGGCCUGCCGUCUGUGUGGAAGAAAGAAAAAAAAGGAAAAAGAACAAUACUGUGUGUGUGUGCUCUUCAGAUUGAGCUGGGUAACACAGAACAUUGUGCCCAUCGUCAGUCCUUCCUCUCCCCUUUACUGGAUCUGGAUCUGGAUCUGGACACUCAUUAUCAGCUUGUGCAUCUCACUGCUGAUAUCAUGGUGCUACUUAACUAUCUUCGCAGCACCCCCUCUAGAAAUGGAAAUGCGGGGUUCCCCCCCCCGAUACAGAAUCUGCCCCGUGAACGUGUGUGUUGACGCCUCUACACAGCCAGAACCCCCCUCCAGCUUUCAGUCUGAGGGAGAUGUCCUCUUCUCUGAUCCGAGCCCCGACCAUUCGUCCCUCUUCUCACCUACCAGUCCGCCCCACUCUCAGUGGUCCCCUCACUUCACCUUUGCUGAUUUUCCCAUGUCCCCAGGACGCACCCCAUUUUCUUCCCCCUCCCGCUCUCCUCCAGACUACGCACCCACCCGUCCCAUGAAUUACCAAUAAAAUUACAUUUUACUCAUACUAAGUCUCCCUCAUGUUUAUUUCAUGUCAUUUUUAUCCACAACAAUUCCUUCCCGAAAAAAACUUAUGAUAAAUGAAAAAGUACAGGCCCCAAAAUUGGGUAAAAUUGAAUAGGUGUUGUAAAUAUUAUGUCUAAGAACAGUGUAAACAUGUAAGAACUGCCGGAUUGCCCGUUGUGUGAGGCUGUGUGAAUUACCUAAAUUUAAACUUAAGAAUCAUAAGAUUAAUUGAAUCGUCAUAUGAAAUGCAUUGAUAUGUAUGUACUCUGAGUAUAUGUGAGUCCCUAGGGCAGCUGGACCGAGUACGGACGGGAGGGGAUAAACAGGCAUAAAUCGGUACGAGAUAGGCUAAGCAGGCCGGAACAGCAGGACAAGGUAGGAGGAAAACAUUUGGCUGUGAGGGAUAACGUAGGGGAUUUAGGGGGGGCAUGUACAAAAGACUCUAAGGGCUGAGAGGUGUGAGACACGACCUGCAGUAGAGUUAUGGCCGAAUGUAAGAAAGGGAUGAGCCCGAUAGAGAGGGUGAUAAGCAAACACUGUACAGAUGAGAAAGACAUUAGGCAUUAUUGUAAAAAAUGGAGUGAGAAGACUAGUGGUGAGUGGAAAUGGCCCGAGGAAGGUACUCUUGAUGAACAGCUAUGCCAGAUAAUGAAAGAGAGAUUAGCUGUAUGGAAUGAACAGAAAAAAGUCUUGAGAGUGAGGGAGAAAGGUGUGAAGACAGAGAAGAUAGUGAACUGGUUUGUGAACGCAGGGAAGGAGGAGAAGGAGAAGUAUAGACGGCAGAGAGAACGAGCAGAGGCGGUGGUACGGAAGAAAGAAGAAAGGGAAGCAAGCCUAGAAAAAAAGAUAAAAGAGGCUAUUCAGAAAGAACGGGCCGAGGCCCCGCCCCCAUAUAACCCUCAGUACCGCCCUCCAGUGAGACCUGUCAGAAGUGCCCCACCUGCCGGGCUCUACAUGAUGCAAGACCUGGAGGACAGAGAAGAUGAAUGGAAGGAAACCGAGGUGGACAUUCAGGGAACAUUCAGCGGAUACCAAAGAAUGAGGCAUCGCAUGCGGGAGGAUGGAGAACCUACCAAAAUGGAAGAAGGAGCUGCCGGAUACAAGGAUAGAACCCCGGUCGAGAGCGAAAGCCCACGGCUGGACCUCCCACAUGUAGGCAACAAAGAGAGGGACAGGGAACUACAGGAGUACAUGAAAAACUGGACCCACACUCCGGGGUGGCCGGAGCACGGGGAGAUUCCCACCAGCACUAGCACCCCGAGGCCAGGGUCACAGCCGAUGGUGCACAAGCAAAGAGACAAGAAACUGGAGGAAAUACAGGACCAGGAGGAGCAUAGGACCAGUGAAAAUCAAGAAGGUCGUAGGAGUGAGAGAGGGCACGAGGGUGAAAACAGAGCUCCACACACCAGAGGAGGAGAAAAAGGGGAGCCGAGAGACAAUGUGGGGCGGGUGGUCCGUAUACAGGGGGAUGUGGUGCGCUCCCCAUAUGCUAUCGAGGACGAUAAGGAAUUGGAGGGCAGGAUUCGACGGCUGGAGGACGGGAUAUUGGGAGAAUCAAAAUCACAGAGGUCGAGAAGAGCACUGAACCAGACAGUGGGAAAACAUGUGAAGAGCCUGAGUAAGGACUCAAAGGGCCUAAUAUACCACCAGCAGAAGAAGAAGCAAGUGAGUUCAGACAUGGAUCUGGACGAACAAGGGGGGACUGAGAGCGAGGGGACCGAAACAGACGACGAAGGAAAAGUUGAACAGGACGUCAGUGAGGAGGAGGACUCAAGGGCCACCCCCCGUUGGAGGCACUGCUGAAAUAUGGGACGCAGUGAGGAGCAUGUUUCCGGCUAAGAUGGACCCUGGGAAGCUCGUAAAUAUAAAACUGAAAGACGAAGAAAACGUGAUAACCUUCAUACAAGAGUUUCAAGACAAAUGGAGGGAUGAAACGGGUGCCAAAUGGGAUGAUUCAGUGGCAAGUGUGGGACUGUUCAAACUGCUGUUGAAGAAGGCUCUCCCUGGGGAGGUGCAGCAGAAGUUAGAGGAAGUGGUGAGGCUCAACGCAAUGGAAUGGGCUUCAUUUCUGGCACAUGUGACCCAUCACGUGGAGCAACACAGAAAGCUGAAAAAAGAAGCUAAAGAUGCCACUGAGGGAAAGAAGGUUCACAGCUCCCCCUCACCUGUAAGGCAAUUCAAACUAUGGGCUUCUCAGGAAAAAUACAGACCUUACGAUUCACCGAGCCUCAAGAACUAACUCUGGAUGGCGUGACAAUACAAGCACCCCUGUUAUAUUCGCCAGGAGCGCCUGUUAACCUACUGGGAUGUGAUGCCCUGUGUAAGCUGGGAGCUCAGAUACAGUGCGAGGCGACUGGGAUUUGGGUGACAUUCCCUAAAUCAAUAUCCACACAAUUCCUACUGUUGCACGAACCACCUAGCACCGCCCGUAAUGUGAGGAUGGUAUACUGGUUGGAGAUGUCCGAUCCAUCUAAGUCGGAACUCUGGCACAGAUACGCAGAAUGGAAACCAUGGUUACAGUACAUGCGGCCUGAUUGCACAGAGGUGGAGGCCCCUUUACAUUGCACUGUUAAAUAUGAUGAUGGUGGACGAGACCAGGAAUAUGCUCAGCUUUGGGAAGACAUGGAACAGGGACAAGUAAUGGACAUUAAAACCAUGGAUAUAAUAAGUGGCCCACAGGGAGUGGCAGCUAUGAUCAAGCUCCCAGAGGGAAUCACAAACUGGUAUCAGCUGGAAAGGACGGCGCCCCAUGUCACACUCAUGGUCACCAAAGGCCUUGGACCGGAAGAUGUAGGGCCAAUGAUAAGGCAGGCGAAAGAAGUAAAAGAGUGGAAACCAACUACCAAUCCGUCUUUGCACAAAUUGCCUGAUGGAAAGUUCGUGCGAAUCUCAGUAACGGCGGUUGACACCGCCGUGGCCACUAGUGUCUGCAUAUGCGCGAGCACGGACCGAAGUGGUUUGCAAAUGGCAGUUAAGGCAGUAAAAGAUCAGGACAAUGAGGAAAUACUGAAAACUGUUCCAGAAUAGCUAUGGACAAAACAUCCGACAGACGUAGGGCUUGUUAAAUCCGCCGACCUAGCUUGGAAUAAGGUAAAAGAGAAUGCACGGUUGCCCUAGCAGAAACAGUAUCCGUUGUCAGCGCAAGCUAGAGAAGGCAUACGGCCCUCAAUACACGGAUUGGUAGAGGCCGGAGUGCUAAUCUCCACGCGAAGUCAGUGCAAUACCCCCAUUUUUCCAGUUAGAAAAAAUGACUCAGAGAAGUGGAGGCUAGUACGUGAUUUGCGUGCUAUUAAUCAAAUCGUGAUACCUGAAACACCAGUAGAGCCAGACCCACACACCCUAUUGUUGAACAUUCCAGAAGGGACCAAAUGGUAUACUGUCAUAGACUUAUGCUCAGCAUUUUUUAGCGUGCCACUGCACCCAGACUCACAGCAUUUGUUUGCUUUCACGUAUGAAGGGCAGCAGUACACAUACACUAGACUUCCGCAGGGUUACUGUGAAAGCCCAUCCAUAUUUAAUCAGGUACUGGCUCAAGACCUCUCAGCCCUGGAGUGCCAUAGCACCAUCUUGCAGUAUGUUGACGACCUUUUGAUUUGUAGUGCGUCCAAAGAACAAUGCCAGCACGACUCACUAAAGGUCCUAAGAAUGUUGGCCGAAAAUGGCCACAAAGUGAGUAAAGAAAAGUUGCAAUUUUGCAGACAAAAAGUGGAAUACCUAGGUCGUGUGUUAGAGGGAGAAAGCCGUACUAUAGCGCCAAAGCAUGUAGAGGCCAUACGCAAGGCCCCACAGCCAACCACCGUACGGCAGAUGUUGGCGUUUCUAGGAAUGGCAGGGUUCAGUCGCCCAUGGAUAUGUGAGUUCGCGCUAAGGGUUCAACCAUUACGGGACAUGAUUAAGGCAGCAGACCAAUCACAGCCAAAUUCCCCCCUUGUCUGGACUCCUGAAGCUCUAGCCGCAAUCGCAGAUAUUAAAAUGGCCUUAAUGACCGCUCCCGCAUUGGCUAACCCAGACUAUAGCAAACCGUUUCACCUCUAUAUAUCUGAAAGAAAGGGGUACGCUUCGGCCGUCUUAACUCAACAGCAACAAGGCAUGGGGAAACAGGCCAUCGCCUAUUACAGCACGGCUCUCAAUAUCGUAGAAAAGGGGAUGCCACCCUGUUAUCGUUCUUUGGCAGCGGCCGCAUUUGCAUAUCAGAAAGCGUCCUCAAUCACCAUGGGGCACCCAGUUACAUUAUAUACGACCCAUGCACUGCAUGUGCUCCUAACGAGUCAGACCUUUGUGAUAACGAACUCCCGUCAAACGGGGUAUGACUCCAUUCUGUCAGCCCCGGAGCUCACUAUAGAACGGUGCACCACGGUGAAUCCGGCCGAUAAACUGGUAACCCCGAUAGAUGGUGUAUCCCAUGAGUGUGUAGCGGAAUCAGAGAAAUUUUUGAAAGCGCGUUCGGAUUUGGAGAACUGCCCUAUUGAUAAUGCUAAGCAUACGUAUUUUGUGGACAGUUCCUGUUAUUGUACCGAUACGGGCAAUAAGGCUGGGUUGGCAGUAGUAGAAGCACGACGAAACCCGGCGACGUUUGAGGUGGUGAUGAGUGUUCCCCUUCCCCAACCCUGCUCGGCCCAGCUAGCUGAACUACGGGCGUUGACAGCUGCAUGUAAGUUGGGCUGUAAUAACAGUUGCACUGUGUAUACGGACUCGGCCUAUGCUCAUGGAGUCUGCCAUGUGUUUGGACCAAUCUGGGCUCAAAGGGGAUUCCAGCGGGCAGAUGGGUCCGCCGUGACCCACGGGGAAGCGAUUUCAGAUUUACUAUUUGCUAUGACAUUGCCCACAAAAUUAGCUGUAGUGAAAUGCAGGGCACAUAAGACUGAUGAUUCCUUUAUCACUAAAGGGAACGCACUGGCGGAUGAGGCAGCAAAGAAAGCUGCCGUAGGGCCUACGCAGAUGAUGGCCCUAACUCAGCCCGGGGAGAGUCAGCUGCGGUAUCCACAGGAAGACAAUGUGGCCCACUUAGUGGAGCUGCAAAACACCGCAGGGGUGGCUGAAAUAUCGGCGUGGAUAAAACGGGGGGGGCGAAUAAAGAGGCGGGUACUGGAUUGUGGCGCAGCAUAGAAGGGUUGUGUAUAGCCCC